UCUGGUCUAAAAGUUCCACAAAUACCGACACCAGAAUUAGUUUUUGAAGUCAAAUAUAAAAUAAAAUUCGCGGUCAGGCGCGGCCAGGCGAUUACUAAUCACUGCAGGCAGUGGGUGUUUGACCAGUCUUGUUGAGACUUGUUGCGUUCGCCGCCGCGUUGUAGUCGCGUACACAAUACUACAAGUUUUUCGCGAAUCUUAUAGAAAUCUGUUGUUGUCCGAAGCUAUAAAUAGAACAAGAUAGUAAACAAUGGCUUUCUACUCGGAAUCAGAGUCGGACAAUGAGUAUGAGCAAGUGUGUACUCGAGGAGGCGGCUGUGGUGGCGGGAGUGCCGCCUUACCCUUCGACCCCGCAAGUAUCGAAAAUGUGAUAUUAUCAAUUAGCGACAAUUUCGAUUUCCGCGUUAUUAUGAGCGAUGAGAGGACCAAGGGAGCAUUCCUGGUGACCACUGGCUUGGCCAUCGCUGGAGGACUGAUUGGUCGCCAUUAUGGCGGUAGAAUUGGAGCAGCUGUUGGUGGUGCUGUGGGCGGCGCGUGCGGUCUUGGGAUAGUCGCUGUUUCUAUGAGGAGCAUUUGGCAAGAUAUUAAGGAUAAGCUAUCAGACUUGUUUGAAAUGGUGUAUGACUACUUAGCUGGACUGGGUUUGGACGACUACAAGCGCGCUGCAAUGUUCCUUACACAACAAGGGGAUAAGACACAACUGGCUAUGCUCAUUCUUGAAACAGCUUCUGGCAUCUUAGGAAAGAAGAUUUUGUCUAGCAUCACUGCUGCAUAAUAAUAGUAAUUUUAUUAAUUACAAAAAAAAAAAUUGAGACCGCUUGGAGUUUGAGUGAAUGCCGCAAUACUUAUGAGCGGUCACCGGUGAAUGCUUGAUUGUAACGAGGAUAACAAAUUAACUGUGACAUCUAAUGCAAAUGAUACUUAAAUUAUCAAACUGAUUUGACAAUAAAUUAAAUGUGAUAUGUAUUUUAAAUUAGAGCUUAAAUUAAUGUUCAUUAAUGAAGACAGAGUAUUUUAUGUGAAAUGUUGACCAUUUUUUAAAAUAUUUUGGUGCUGUAUGACAUUGUGAUAAUCUUGACCAAAUCAAUAUUAAAUUAGUUUUAUUUUCAUGUUGAUCAUGAAGAUAGUCAUAUUUUAUGAGGGCUUUUUAAAUAUGGUAUAAUGGAAAACUGAAGAUUUAAAAAAUAUUUUAGGUUUUUCCAGACAAUCUCUAUGAAAUUUUGUGUGCAUGGUAUCAUGUUAUUUAUCUUGUCUUGUAUAAAAAUAUUUUUUGUCAUUGAUAUUGUAGCAUAAUAUUAAUAUUUUAGUAAUUAGUUUUAGUUAGUAAGCUAUUUUAGUUUAGAGUAUAACUUUUUAUAUUGCUGUCAUGUAUUGUAAAAUCUAUAUGUGGUUUGUUUGUACUGUUUUAAUAAAGAAUGAAUAAAGUGUAUAUCAAUAAAUAUCUUUUUACUUUACAAUAA